AUGCUGACCUAUUAUUAUGACCUUUUAAACAUUUUGACCAAUUCUCUCUUUGUCUCAUUAAUGACGAAGAAUACAUUUUUUGUUAAAGGAAACUCAGCAACUUGGUAAAAAUCCAUAUGGUGUUUGCUUUAUUUUGAUACUUUCUAUUAUACUGCAAGUUGUAUUCACCUUUUGUUCCUCCCCUUAAUUUUAUCCUUUACAUUAUUUUUCUCUUUUUUUUCUAAUCCCAUUUUUGGUGCUUCCUUUAAUGGGGGUGGGGGGAGAUUUUUUUCUAUUUAUUUCCAUAUUUGAAGGGUCUUGGCCAGAUAUUUCUCUUUUUGUGGAAGGACCUAAUACUGUUGACUUUUCGAAAUUCUUAUUUCUUCAAUUAUUAUAUAGAUUGAUAGUGAGGCUUUUAGCGUAUACAAAUAGAAUAAGAUUUUUAUUACAUUUCUAUUUAAUUUAAUGAUUAAUUUUACUAAUUUGUAUAAGCAUAUCUCUAAUGGUACAUAUAUAUCUGUUCCUAAUCACUCACACAAGGAUUAGUCUAAUCAGUAAAGAAACUGAUAUGUUACUCAAAUUCAAGCAGAUAAGGAUGUAUUUAAAAUUUUUAAAAUUUUUUUAUAUAUUUGGAAAGUAGCAAAAUUUAUUAAACACUAAUAAAAAUAUAAUAUUUUAAAAAUCAGAACAACAUAAAAUUUCCUUCUUAGUCAAAAUUUAAUCUUUUAGGGAAGUGCUGGAAGAGUGAAUCAUGAAUCAUGAAUGCACCUAAGAUUUAUAUAAUUUUUAUAUAUGUCAACUCAUGGUUUUAAUAUGAAAUUUACAACUUUAAUUGUGUAGGGGAUAGAUAAUUUUCCUUAUUUUUCUCCUAUGUCUCUUUUUAAUACAAAAAUCGAAUUUUUUUCAUGUUACCAAACAAGUCCCAACAUUAUGCUUAAAAUUUCAGUUACACCCCAAUUUUGAUUCUAUAUAAACAUAUUUGUGCUUACCAGAGUCAUUCUGAAGACGACAAAAAGAUUUCAGGGGUACACACUAGAUGUCAAAACCAGUUUGCAACAUAUGUUUCAACUACGUCUGUGGCUGUUUUUCUUUUCAUCUUUGUGCCAUCUUUGCACAUGCUUCUACUUUGUCAACACUUCUUGAUGUCUUUUUUAUCAUUUAAACGGAAAAACUUGUCUUUGUUCUUCUGCCAUUCUUAUGUUCUUUGGCUUUCCUUAAAACCCCUUUAAUUAUCUCAUCAUCUCUCUCAACACCAUGCCAUCAGUUUUUUUUCCCUUCAAUUUUUCUCUGUAAUUUCAAAGUUUUGUAGAUGUUGGUUUUCUCUUUGGUCUGGUUCUGAAUUUUGUAGAUGGAGCAUUUGAAAUGUUGAAUGUUCUUAGGUUGUUUUAGAGAAAGCUGAUCUUUUUUUGUUUCAGAAUGGAAUAUUUUCAAGAGUGUGUGUCACCUUCUUCCUCUUUGUCUUUGUCUUCUACUUCAUCUUCUUCCCCUCUCCCGCACCCUUCAUCACCUUCAUCUUCUUUAUCCUUCUCUUCUUCUUCUUUCUCUUCAUCUAAUCCCCAUCCAUUGUCAAUUGAUACUGAAUUAUGGCUGUUGUCUGAGCAAAGAACCCAGGAGAUACUUUGUAUCAUUCAACCUUCUUUGGUUUCUGAACAAAAUCGACAAAAUAUUAUUGCUUACUUUCAGAGGCUAAUCAAAGGUUACUAUGGAAUUGAGGUGUUCCCAUUUGGCUCAGUUCCGUUGAAAACCUUCCUUCCUGAUGGAGAUAUUGAUUUGACUGCUCUUAGUCAUCAAAAUAUGGAGGAAAAUUUGGCAAGAUAUAUCUGCGGUAUCUUACAACAUAACCAGCAGAACUCUGAGGUUCUAGUACAGGAUGUUCAAUAUAUUCGUGCACAGGUUAAAAUAGUGAAAUGCACUGUGAAUGACAUACCAGUGGACAUCUCUUUCAAUCAAACGGCUGGUCUAUCUGCACUUUGCUUUCUGGAGAAGGUUGACCAGCUAAUUGGAAAAGAUCAUCUUUUCAAACGCAGUAUUAUUUUGAUCAAGGCCUGGUGCUAUUAUGAGAGCCGGAUCCUUGGUGCACACCAUGGCUUGAUUUCUACAUAUGCAUUAGAAACAAUGAUUUUAUAUAUCAUUAAUGUCUUUCAUUCAUCCUUAUUUGGUCCACUAGCGGUCCUUUAUAAGUUUUUGGACUACUAUAGCACAUUUGAUUGGGCAAAUUACUGCAUUAGCUUAAGUGGUCCGGUUUUGGUAUCUUCCCUUCCAGCAGUUGUGGCUGAGAGUCCGGAAAAUGAUGGAGAUGAACUUUUGCUUAGUAGGGACUUUUUGAAUCAUUGCAGAGUAGCAUAUUCCGGUUCAAUGCAACCACUUGAGAUUGCGCCCAACGUUUUUGCCGUCAAGUAUUUGAACAUCAUUGAUCCUUUGAAAGAAAGCAACAACCUAGGCCGAAGCGUAAGCAAAGGUAAUUUCCAUCGAAUUAGAUGUGCCCUUUCCUUUGGGGCCCAAAGGCUCAGCGAAAUCCUGAUGCUACCGGGUGAAAACAUGGGUAUGGCACUUGAAAAGUUCUUUGUUAAUACUUUGGAUAGGAACGGGAGAGGACAGAGGCCCGAUGUACAAAUUCCUGUGCAUGCCUUUGGUACUGGAAAAUCCGAAGUUUGUGAUCUUAGUGGAGACUAUAACGGUUACUAUAACGGACUACUAUAUAGCCAAUGGUAUCAUAACUAUGCAUUGAACCUUCCUUACCAUCCAACCGCUUUAUCAUCGUCAUCAUCUUCUCAGACACAUAGAUACAGUGCGUGGGAUGCCUUACGGCGGCUUGUUAGGUGCAAACGCAACAGUUCUUACCGUAAGGGCACGAAUGUAUUUAUCCCAAGACCACCAUACUCUCAUCCUAGUGCUCUUCAGUUACCAGCUGCUACAUAUGGUGCGACAAAGUCGAGAGGAACGGGCACUUUUUUCCCCGACAUGAACCAUCCGUCUUAUAGAAAGAUGCAAGCAAGCAUAAGUACUAGAAAUUACGUGUCUUCUAAUCCCGGUCUGGUGCAAAACCCUCCGAAAGAAACUGAUCCCAUUGGAGACAACGGUGGAAAUGGUGACAGUCAUGAUUUUGACCUUUCGACCGAACAAUUCCCUCAUCUUCCAACCACCGAAAGGACCAUGAUAACCCAUCAAUCUAUUCCACCUGCACCAAAGAAUCCACAGGCUGAGAAUCCCUCCCAGUUCUUACCGGUUCUCCAAUUUGGUAACAUUUAUGAGUCUUCAUCCCCAAUGGACACAUAUUCACCUCUAUGCGUGCCUUCAAUUGAAAAGCAAAAGGACUUAAGCGAGUUUGACAGUGCAGGACUAUCACAGAACCUUUCCAACUGAGAGAUAACAAUGACUUCCCUCCUUUAGUAUCAAUGUGAACCGAGUUUUCAGAGAGAUUGCAACUGCAAGUUGAUUGAACGAACAAUUGACAUAUCCGAGCUUAACAUGUUCUCAUGAGAUUUUCGCCGCUGCUGGUAGUACCAUAGGUUGUAGACACAGUUUUGUAAGUUAGAGGGACAUAACCAAAGAUGGACUUUGUUUUAUCAAACAGUUAUAAAUCCUUCUUAUAUUUCAAUUGCGAUAUAAAUUUAAAGUUUGAUUAGCAA